AUGGUGUCAAUUGCGUUUUUAGGCAAUGUUGGUUUUCUGGUGUUCUCCGUCGGUCUCACUGUUCCCAUACAAUUUUCUUCCGCCUACUAUCUUCAAUUAACUUUAUUUAUUUUACCUUUCUUCUCCAUUUAUCAUGCCACACCUCUCCUCUUGUCCGUUCGCAGGCCCACAGAUCCAGAGAAAGCCGAACUUUAUGAUGGCCGUCGUUCAGCUGAAGCUCCCACCAAGGUUCAGGAGGUCUCUGAAAAAAUCGAGAAGACCACAACAGAACUUCAUAAGUCCUUACAAGAAUUAGCCAAUCGGGGGAAAAAACUAGAGGAGUUGGAAGAACAGACAGCAAUGUUACAGGGUUCUGCAGACGUAUUCAAAACACGUACCUCUCAAGUUCGUAAAAAAAUGUGGUGGAAGAACACCAAGAUGACCGUGAUUCUUGCAAUCACCGCCGUCAUUAUAUUGGCUAUUAUCAUUGUCCCCAUCGUCCUUAAAGCCCAGGACAAAAUCUAA